UGCAAGGGAUAAAACGCGUAGCAACAAAACGUGAACCCGCGAAAUACCACGCGAGAAACUACUUGGCAGGCAAAAAAACGUGUAGAGCUCCAAGCAACAUGCGACUGAAACAUAGUUGCCGUCAGUGGUCAGCAACACUGAAGCAGCAGCUGCAACAAACAAGAUCGCUGAGGUUUCAAAAACUGAUAAGCAUUACAAUUCACGUGCUUAUUUCAGCACUGCUGACGCCAGUGGUCUGUGCUUCGCCAGCGCGCUCCCUUUCGACGGCUGGCAGUUCAACGGCCACUAUUGACGCACAUCCGCUUUGGACUCACGUGAAUAGAACGUGUCUAGCGCACACUUGCAAUGACACACUCAACAUGCAGCAUCUUGAACGGUUGGAGGGCAAUAUCGACUGGACUGUGAAUGCAUGCGACGACUUUCAUACACACGCAUGUGGCAACUGGGUGCCUCCCAGAGCACACAACACCACUGCCAGCAUGAUGCAAGUGGCGGACGAGGCAUUGACCACGCGGUAUGUAGAGUUUUUUGAAAGCGCAUUGCACCGUAGUCACACGCAGUGGCGCGGCGAAGCGUCAAUUUCAGCGGCGUUGAAUAGGGCAACUCAACGCCAAGAAAUACGGCGUGCACGCAUACGUGGUGCGCGUACUUCGACGCAUAUGACCAGAAGCAGUAACAAUCCAUUGAAACUAGCCGCUAAUGCAGACGCGUCCACCCAUGAGUUUGCCAUGAGAACGGAAGCGGAAGAUUACGAUCUAGUACUCGCGAAACUAUUGCAGUAUUAUCGCGUCUGUACACGCGCCGAAUCGCUUACACUGCGCGGCUAUUAUGAGCAAAUUCGCAUGGAAGGACUGUUGCGUCCACGACACCGCCACUGGCAGGAAAUGCUAGCACAUUUUGCGCGCUACGGCUAUGGCGAGCAGUUCGUGUACUUUAAGGUGCGCCAACAAAAUGCAACACAACAUGAUAUCACUGUGCUGCCACACGAUACGCAGAAGCGACUCAAUUUGACGGCGGAAAUAUACGAUGUGUUGCGCGCACACACACGCAAAAGCCACGCUGAGCUAACAACGGCAUUUCGCGCACUUGAAGCGGAUGUGGAAGCGAUUGUGGGCACCAUGUGUGCGUUGACUAAAGACGCACCGACCACCACGUCCCGUAGCGUCACGACUACGCCGGUAUCAGCUAAGCCGCAAGCACUCAUUGACUCGCCGCCAACAAUCGUGAGCGCUGAGGAAGAUUGUGAUCUGAUGGAAACAUUGAGCUUUGCUGAGUUAACAGCACGUUGCGGCGAAGUUGAUUGGCAGCGCUUCAUCGGCGUGCCGCUGGGCCGGCAUAUCCAUGGCGCUGAUCUCAUACGCGUCGAUUCAUUGGAAACAGUCUGCAAACUGGCACGCUAUCACAAUCAAGCGCAGCAUGCUAACAUAAAUUUCCUUUACUCGCUUGCGCGCUUUCUCAGCUACUUACAGCAGCAGCAAUACAAUCCCGUGCGCCUUGGUGGCAGCGCUGCUACUUGCAUACGUCAUAUGCGCAAAACGCUGUCCGUCGCAAUGACCUACGUUUACGAUCAUGUUUACUAUGCGCCCGUGCGCGCUGAGAGCGACCGCAUCGUGCGUACGAUAUUUGAUCAACUCAAGGCGGAGUUUGCGCAAACGCUGGCGCUCAAUCGCAUGCAAUUCGACGCUGAUAUAGUUGCUUACUUGCAGCAGAAAUUGCGUUCGCUGCGGCUUAAUAUGGGCAAUUUGCCGCCCACGGUUAACUCUUCUUUCUACGUGGAUCUUAUAUGGAAGCUAAAUGUGAGCAGCGACAAUUUCUAUCGCAAUCACUUGCAUGCUUUGGCACAUACAUACGGACAUCUGCGCCGUCUAGCCGCCAGCGCUACGAAGAAUCACAGUCGCAGCACGUGGUACACUUUCAAUUAUCACGAGCCCACUUUCCUAGACAGCCUAGACUCGACGCCGUACUAUUUUUGCCUUAGCAACAUGAUUAUCGUACCACACGCCUACCUACAAACGCCUUUCUACGAUCGUCAAUUCUGGUCGAUACUGCUCUACGGCGAUCUUGCGAACACGCUGGGUCAUGAACUCGUUCACAGCUUCGAUAGCACCUUCCUCGAGUACGAUCACGUGGGCAACAUGAACGAGCUGAUGAUGCAGCGCAUCUCCGCCAAUGUGAAUUUUGCACGCAACGUUCAAUGCUUAAGCCAAGGCACCAAAUUUCUAGCCGAGCGUAUUGCUGAUGUGAGUGGCACGCGUUUAGCGCUUAAUGCCUUCUUGCGUGAUGUGCACAACGUUCGGAGCAAUGGGCGCUUGUUUUUUCUGCAAUUCGCGCAAUUCUUCUGCAGCAACACAGACGAGGCGGAACACCAGCUGCUGGAUCCUUGGCAUGAUGCGGACCCAGUGCGGCUAAACUAUACGUUAGCGCAGAUGCCCGAAUUCAUGGAAGCCUUCAGUUGUCCGGCGAAGAGUCGUGUGGAUGCCGUGCAGCGUUGCGAGAUGUGGUAGCGUAUGUGAUGUAGGGGGGCGAGUAAGGGUUAGAAAUGUAUGAAAAGUAAGAGAAAAUAUGUUAGUAUGUUAGCGUGUUUUCUUAGCUUAUAAACUUUAGUAUUAGUAGAGUAGGGUAAAUAAAUCAGCUACGUCAACCAAUGGUUUUAUUGCUAGGGUACUUAAUUGUAUUUACACAUAAACUAGUCCAUAAUUUUUUAAAUGAGUGAAAACUUUAUACCAUACUUUUAUAUAUAGGUUUUUUUAAGAACUGUGAAGUGUACGCCUUUACGUAGUAAUUUAUUUAAGAAAAAAAUUUUAUAAUGAAAGAUAUCAGGCGUUAA